GCCUGUCUCCCUCCUGCAGCACAGGCAAGACAUUGCGUUCUCCUCUGAUCUCCGUCAAGGACUAUCUAUUUGAGAAGUGUGUGUGUGUGUGUGUGUGUGUGUGUGUGUGUGUGUGUGUGUGUGUGUGUGUGAGAGCGGGGAUCUGGAAAGUAGGCAGAGAAGACUACCACACCCUGGGAACAUUCGCUACCACUGUCAGAGCUUCACACCGGGUGAAGAUUGCAGUAGAUAUUUUCACUUACAUCCUCUUCAUCCUGUGCGUGUUUCUGUGAGCAUACAGAUGUAUUUAUAUUCUCUGUUUCUCUGCUGGAGCUGUUUGUUGUUUUUCCUCCACUCUACAGCUCUGGGAUUUGCUUCAGCGUUGACUAGGCCUUGUGUUUCUGCACACAUGUGUCUUUGCUAAUAAGUGUGUUAAAUGACUAACAAAGGUCACACCAUUUGGCAUGCUGUGUGCAUGUAUUGUCAGCCCGCUUAAUGACAGUCCUCCUCUUUUCUUUCCAACUUCAUCACCAGCUUUUCCAUCCACUUCUUCCUGCCUCACAUCUUCUACCUCACCACUUUCCUCUUUUCUGUCCUCCUGCAUCUUCUUUUCCUCUUGUUCCUUUUCCUCUUUCUCAAAACCCCUCUUCUUCCUCCCUCUCCAUUCCCGUCUCCAUCUACUCUUCACGUCUCUUCUCCUUCUGGCUGGCUGGUUUCCCAUGAUGCCUUGUUCCAGGCCGCUACGCUAGGCCCUAGCAGCAUGGGCGCAGCCUGGGUGGGGAGAGAGAGCACGGAUUGGUCCCUUCCCCUCAGGACGGGCGCGCUGGCGGGUCACCCUCCUUAAGCUUCAGAUGGGCGAGGACGCUGAGAGCCCCAAAAUCAACCACACCUUCCUGCGAGACUACGUCACUGAAGCUGAUGUCAUCUCUACGGUGGAGUUUAACCAGACAGGGGACCUGCUGGCCACAGGGGAUAAAGGUGGCCGAGUGGUCAUCUUUCAGAGAGAGACUGAGUCUAAAGGGGAGUCAGAGGAGGUGGGGGAAACGGGGGACUCUGGAGAGUACAAUGUCUACAGCACAUUCCAGAGCCACGAGCCGGACUUUGACUACCUGAAGAGUCUGGAGAUUGAAGAGAAAAUCAACAAGAUCAGAUGGCUGCCACAGCAGAAUGCAGCACAUUUCCUCCUCUCCACCAAUGAUAAGACCAUUAAACUGUGGAAGGUGAGUGAAAGAGACAAGAGACCAGAAGGAUACAACCUGAAAGAUGAGGAGGGAAGGCUCAAGGACAUCUCUACCAUUACCUCUCUUCAGGUGCCGGUGCUGAAACCCACAGAUCUGAUGGUGGAGGUUCGUCCCAGACGAGUGUUUUCCAACGGACAUACCUACCAUGUUAACUCCAUCUCAGUCAACAGCGACGGGGAGACCUACCUGUCUGCUGAUGACCUCCGCAUCAAUAUGUGGCACCUGGGCAUCACAGACCGCAGCUUCAAUAUUGUGGACAUCAAACCAGCCAACAUGGAGGAUCUGACAGAGGUGAUCACAGCAGCAGAGUUCCACCCUCACCACUGCCACUUGUUUGUGUACAGCAGCAGCAAGGGCACCCUGCGCCUCUGUGACAUGAGAGCCUCCGCACUCUGUGACAGACACACCAAACUGUUUGAGGAACCUGAAGAUCCAGGGAGCCGGUCCUUUUUCUCAGAGAUCAUUUCCUCUGUGUCAGAUGUGAAGUUCAGCCACAGUGGACGUUACCUGCUGACCAGAGACUACCUCACCGCCAAGGUGUGGGACUUAAACAUGGACAAGGGCCCCGUGGAGACGUACCAGGUCCAUGAAUACCUGAGGAGUAAGCUGUGUUCCCUCUAUGAAAACGACUGCAUCUUUGACAAGUUUGAGUGUGUUUGGAACAGCUCAGACAGCGUGAUCAUGACAGGCGCAUACAACAGCUUCUUCCGGAUGUUUGACAGGGAGACGGGGCGAGGCGUAACCCUAGAGGCUUGGCGCGAAAGCAGCAAGCCUCGGGCUGUGCUGCGAACCCGGCGUGUGUAUAACGGCGGUAAGCGUCGCCGUGGAGAUGUGGGUGUUGAUAGCCUGGACUUUACCAAGAAAAUCCUGCACAUGGCUUGGCACCCGUCUGAGAAUAUCAUUGCCAUAGCAGCCACCAACAACCUGUACAUCUUCCAGGAUCGGGUCAACCCUGAGGCGCAGGUACAGUGACAGAGAUGGCAAUAUGGACAGUGGCAGACACAAAGAAAGACAAACAGCAACCCAAAUAUAUUUGGAUGUCUUAGAGACGACAUUGGGAGUGCAAAGCCUUUAUGAGAAGAUUAAGUCAAAAGCAAGCAGUAUCACAACAUACUGAGAUGCAACAUAUGUUUGUGUUGAUAAAAGAUGAGAUUAAUGAUAAAAUCACAAGACAAGUUCAUUUAUUUGAUCCCCUAGGAAGGUGUAUAAUCAUUUUUGUUAAACACUGAGACAAACUGACAUCUCCAGUACCCAUCAGGACAUGUUUUUGGUCCCACUAUUCCCACUUUUUGAAGAUGUUUGUCUAACUGCUCCACCGUAGGGGCAGUAAAAGAGGUGCGGGGACACCUCUCCAUCUGCAAUGACUCAGUGCUGUUGACCACACAAUGUUGCUCUGGUAGCCUACCUUUUGACACAAAAUGGAAGAUUGGCGAUGUGUAGCAACAGACAGCGAAUGAUGCUACAAAACCAUCUUGAGAUGACGAAUGAAGCAUAUUUUUCACUAUUGUGGAACAUUAGGAGUGGUGUUAUCUUAUUGUACAGCUUUUCACAACAACAUCCUUUUUUUUUCUUCAUGGGUUGACAACAGCAGCUGAACCUCUCCUUUAGAGCAGUGCUCUUGGAGAUUUCACCCGUAAAUGCCCCAUCAUCUUUGUUCUAUUCACUUUGCAAUAACAGCACUAACAAAAACACAGUGCAGCAGUAUUCCUGCUUUAAAACAUGAGCUAUUCUUCUACAGGUAUACACUCUUUUUACUGUUAGCUGUAAAUAUUCUGUGUUCUUUUUUUUCUAAGGUGGUACCAAUUUUGGUUCCAGAGAGCUCAAAGUUAAAAGAUGCAUUUGUUUGUCCAGUACACUGCUGAUGAACCUAGAAUCUUAUGGAUGGAAAGAUUGCGGAAUCGCACUAUUUCAGUUAAAGCAGCACAUAAAUAGGUAUUGCUGGCUGUGAAGAGGGAGGGGAUGAAAUGUGCACAAAUCAACACUUACAGUUUUGCUGUGUAUAUUAGGCCUGCAUUGGGUUUUGAUGAUGUAAUUUUCUUUUCUAAAGUCUACGUGGUAAAUUACUGAAAAUGAGAGCUACAGUGGGUUAAUGUUGAGCUCUCUCACAUAUGCUCAAAUUGAGGCUAAUUGGUGAUUAAACCUAAUUUAUACAAAAGUUUAAUUUAUGUUAAGUGUUAUGCUAACUUAAAAUGAGCAGCGUUCAUUUUAUAAUGUAUAAGCACAUUUUGAAGAAGUAUCUUACAAUCAAGAAAAGAUGGAAUCUACGCACAUUGUUCAUGAAUGAAUCCCCUGAUUUAGCCAAACAACGUGUUGAUGAGUGAGUUUGUGUCCAGUGUAUUUGAAAGUCAAAGUUCAUCAUCAGUCCAAUAGCUCAUUAUGUACAUUGCUGAAAUGUCUUUAACAUUCAACCAAUAAUGUCAUGUGAAUUUAUUAUAUCACAGGUUCGUAAUGUCAUUAUACCGUAUACCUCACAGUGCCACAUGCUACUCUGCAGUGAAAAGCCUAGGAUGUACAGCAGUAAGGUGAUGUAUGUGUUGGACUGAAUUCUGUGACUUGGUCAAGAUGUGAUUGUUUACAGUGAAGUGCUUUGAUUUCAAGUGACCUUGGCCCUGAUAGGAUCAUUCUAAGUGGUCUGGAUGUGUUCUGUAGUAGGUGGAGUAACAGAAUCAGUGCAGAGGUGGAGGUUGCACUUUUUCUAACGAGUACUCCGUCUGAUGGAUCAACAACAGUUUCACUGUGUAGACCUUCAACCCCAAGUAAAAGAAGACAGUUGUUAAUAUACAGUAUAUGUUCCACUUGUCUGCUCUCUCCUCACUUUGCAACUCCUUUGGUUUUAAAAUCACUGUUCUAAGACUUUUAUGUUACAGCCUGUGGACUAGCUACUAUGUGUUGGUCUUCAGUGUACACCAUUGUUGUUGAAUGCAGACACGAUCUUGCACUGACUGGUUAAACGAAGUGUACAACACAUCACAAUCCACAAUGACAACCCACAAGAAAAUGGUUUACAUAGUGGCAGGCCACCUGAAGCAUUAUAUAAAUUACAGGAUUCAUUCCUCCAAUGGUGAGCUGCAGCUUAGAGCAGGUCAGUUGUAAUCACAUCAAAACCACCACCACAUGCAAACUCUGAGAGGAUUUGUGUUCAGGAGCACAGCAGCAGCAGCAUGUUGCCAUUACUCAAUGCUACUAGCGUGUAUAUCUAUCAUACUUAAAAAAAUCUAACUAUACAAAAAACAUAACUUAAAUGAGGUGAAUGAAAGGAAUGUGCAUUAAUAAAAUAAUAUAAAAUCUGACAAAUAAAUGUGUUGGAUCAUUUUA